AGGCUGCCAGUGGAAGCUCUGAGGCUGCACAUCCCGUGUGUGCUGAGGGCCACCUUCCCUGUCCGCCAGCCUCGUGCCUGUGCCUCUGGGUCUCCGUGCGCAUCUCUGCUUCAUCCACGAAGAUGCUACCCUCUUGGACCAUCGGCCUUCUCCUGCUGGCCACAGUCAGAGGAAAGGAGAUCUGCUAUCAACCUUUCGGCUGCUUCUCCGAUGAAAAACCAUGGGCCAGGACCUUUCAUUGGCCUUUCAAGUUAUUUCCCUGGGCCCCCAAGGACAUCAACACCCAUUUUCUUCUGUACACUAAUGAGAAUCCAAAUAACUUUCAACUGAUCAAUAUCACUAACCUGGACACCAUUGAGGCUUCAAACUUCCAGCUGGACCGCAAGACACGCUUCAUCAUCCACGGCUUCAUAGACAAGGGGGAGGAUAGCUGGCCCUCUGAAAUGUGCAAGAAAAUGUUUAAAGUGGAGAAGGUGAACUGCAUCUGUGUGGACUGGAGACGUGGGGCCCUGACGCGAUACACCCAAGCUGUGCACAACACUCGGGUCGUGGGAGCCGAGAUAGCUUUCUUAAUUCAAGGGCUGUCGACCAAGUUUGGCUACAACCCUGAGAACGUGCACCUCAUCGGGCACAGCCUGGGCGCGCACACGGCCGCGGAGGCGGGCAGGAGGCUGGGGGGCCACGUGGGCAGGCUCACAGGGCUGGAUCCAGCUCAGCCAUGCUUCCAGAACACACCCGAGGAGGUUCGGCUGGACCCGUCCGAUGCCAUGUUUGUGGAUGUGAUUCACACAGACUCUGCUCCCUUCAUCCCUUUCCUAGGUUUCGGAAUGAGCCAAAAGGUGGGCCAUCUGGAUUUCUACCCAAAUGGAGGAAAGGAAAUGCCUGGAUGUCAGAAAAAUACCCUGUCAACCAUCGUUGAUGUAAAUGGAAUAUGGGAAGGCAUCGAAGACUUUGCAGCUUGCAAUCACCUGCGAAGCUACAAGUAUUACUCAAGCAGUAUCUUCAGCCCCGAUGGCUUCCUAGGCUACCCAUGUGCCUCCUACAAUGAGUUCCAGGAGGAGGAGAAUAAAUGUUUUCCUUGUCCAGCUGAGGGAUGCCCCAAAAUGGGGCACUAUGCUGACCAAUUUCAGGGGAAAACCAGUGCCGUGGGACAAACGUUUUUCCUGAACACAGGAGACAGUGGUAACUUUACUCGUUGGAGAUACAGGGUAUCUGUCACCCUGGCUGGAAAAAGGAACGUGCGUGGAUACAUCAGGAUUGCUUUGUAUGGAAGUAAUGCAAACUCAAAACAGUAUGAUAUUUUCAAGGGUUCCCUCCAACCAAAUGCAAGAUAUACACAUGACAUCGAUGUGGACCUCAAUGUUGGAAAAGUCCAGAAGGUCAAGUUCCUCUGGUACAACUAUAUAAUAGACUUCUUCCACCCCGAACUGGGGGCUUCCCAAGUGAUGGUGCAAAGUGGUGAAGACAAGACUGAGCGUAAGUUUUGCGGCAGCGACACGGUGCGAGAGAACAUUUUACAAACCCUCGACCCCUGUUAAAAAUGCGGUGUCCUCCUCAUCUUUGAGGUAAUAAAUUUUAAUGGCCAGUGGUUUGACGUUGA